UAUGUUAAAAUGUUUCUUAAUAUAAAAAGGAUUUUAUUACUAGAUAAUAUUCUAGCUGCUUUAUUUGUUUGGAUUCUUUUAGUAGGAUAUUUUGUAUUUCCUGGUAUAUUUGCCUCUCUCCGAGUAUUUGAAUUGUUUAAGUCCAGUGCAGCCAAAAGUAAUAUUGGAGAGUUAAUAUUUUAUACUAUACAGAAUAUCUUGUUUUUAGCAGUUGCAGCUGUAUGUUGUGCUGUGGGCCUCUGUGGUAUAAGCUGGCUAUAUUAUAAAAGAAGGGAAAACUACAUAUGGCUCGCUCGGAAACUCUUCUUAUAA